AUGGGUUCAGAAUAUUCCAAACAAGAUAACUUUAAUGUGGCAUUAAAAUAUUUCGCUCAAAGUGUUCAAAUAUGCAGUGAUUGUAAUGAUAACAUACAAUUUGAUGAUGAUACAUACGGUUUUGAACUUACACGAAAGAGUCAAAUUGCCACAUGUAAUUUCUGUGGUGAUGAUGAUGAAGCUUUGUUUUACUACACAAAAGCAUUAAAGAUUUAUCGUAGUUCAACAAAAUUAAAAGCUAUCUGUGAUAUCGAAUCAACGUGCACGUCAAAAAUAAAUUCUAUUUUUCAAUCAAACUUUCCAUCCGAUCAAUUAAUUGAAGAUAUUCCUCGCUUACUUGAAAUAAAAAAAUCAAAAAAGAGAAUAGAAGAAGAAGAAGAUCUGUUUCGAAGAAACUAUUUCAAUGAAUCAAAAGAGAAUCAACUUGCAAAACUUUAUUCCCAUAUUGGAAAUACCUAUACAAAAAUGAAAAAGUAUAAAGAAGCAAAAUUAUAUUAUGAUAAAUCAAUAAAAUAUUAUGAAACUUUUCCAUUAUUAUUUCAUCUUGUAAUUGCAGAUUUAUAUAGUAGACAAGGUUUUAUUAUUGAUGCUCAACAACCAGCUGAUACUGGUUAUGUUACAUCCUGUACUGAAGCAGAAGAAUUAUUUGAUAAAGCAAUUGCAACAAUUUACAAUAAUGAUAAUUCUUUAUCUUAA